AUGGCUGAUAGAAAACCAAAUAAAAAUGCGGUUGUAAAAAAUGUAGAUAUGACGGAAGAAAUGCAAAUCGAUGCCAUUGAUUGUGCUAACCAAGCUCUACAAAAAUACAAUGUCGAAAAAGAUAUUGCAGCACAUAUAAAAAAAGAGUUUGACAGAAAAUAUGACCCUACAUGGCAUUGUGUAGUCGGAAGGAAUUUUGGAUCAUAUGUUACACAUGAAACUAAGAAUUUUAUUUAUUUCUAUAUUGGACAAGUAGCUAUAUUAUUGUUUAAAUCCGGAUGA